AUGGAAUAUCUCAAGUAUUAUAUUGAUGAUGAUGAAGAAAAUGAUAAUAUAACAUCACCCCCACUUUUACCCACUAUUUCAAAUAAUUCUAAAAAAACUGAAAAUACCAAUAAUAACAAAAACAAAAAUAAUAAUAGCAAUAACAAUAACAAUAGCAAUAAUAAUAAUAACAAUAAAAGUAAUAAUAAUAAAAAUUAUAAUAAAAGGUCAAUAGAUUUAAUAGAACCAACUAUCGAUGAUGAUAUACCCGAUAUUCCUUUAAACUUAUUUCAAAAUAUAAAUAGUAAUAAUAACAUAAUCAAAGAAAACACCAGCAACUCUAUCACAGCUACAGAAAACAAAAGAAUAAGAUUAUUUGAACAUGUAGAUGGUAAUUACCCAUCAUUCAUAUUUUUAAAAAUACCUAAAUAUAGAAAUGAUAUAUCAGAUUUAAUAAACCAAGUUAAAGAAAUUGGGAAUCAAGUUGGGAUAAGAGAAGACUUAAACGAUUAUCACAUUUCAUUAUCUAAAACAUUUCCAAUGAGAGAACAUCAUAUAGAAUCUUUUUCAAAUGAAUUAAGAAAAAUUUUAAAAAAUCAAAGACCGUUCAAUAUUAAAUUAGCGGAUCACUGUUGCUCCUUUAUAAACGAAAACCAAUCAAGAAUUUUUUUAUCAGUACCUAUAGAUAUAAAAUUUAAAAACCCAGUUUUAAAACUAAUAGAAAGAAUUGAUAAUUGCUUACAAUUAUUUAAAUUCCCUAAAUACUAUAAUGAACCAGAGCCACACUUGUCGAUAUCCUCAGAUCUGUUAAUAAUGGACCAGGAAAGAAGUGAUGAAGAAAGUGAUGAUACUAAAGAAAGAUUAAAAAACUAUAAAAAUAAAGAAAUUAUUAAAGACGAUAUCACCAAUAGCGAUACCAUCCAAGUUAAUAAAGUUUAUUGGACCAUAGGAAAAUAUGAAUAUAGUAUAGAGCUAUUAUAA